AUGGGCUGUUGUGCAUCAAAAUUUCCACCCACCGAGACACACCCAGAAAAAGAAAAGCCGGACCAAAAUCCCGCCCCGCCCCUACCACCACCGAUCUCCACCGGCGCUCCACCUGAGCCCGGAACAGAAGCCACCAGAGUCCCGUCUUUCUCGGAGUUCUCACUUUCCGACCUUAAAACAGCCACUAAUAACUUCAGCCCUAAAUUGAUUGUCUCCGAAAGCGGCGAAAAGGCGCCAAAUAUUGUUUAUAAAGGUCGCCUCCAGACCCGCCGGUGGAUCGCCGUCAAGAAGUUCCCCAAGUUAUCCUGGCCAGACCCUAAACAGUUUGCGGAGGAGGCAUGGGGAGUAGGGAAAUUGAGGCACUGGAGGCUGGCUAAUUUGAUAGGUUAUUGUUGUGACGGUGAUGAGAGGUUGCUGAUUGCAGAGUAUAUGCCCAACAAUAAUCUUGCUAAGCAUUUAUUUCACUGGGAAAGUCAGACCAUCGGGUGGGCCAUGCGCUUGAGAGUAGCUCUUUACAUAGCUGAAGCCUUGGAAUAUUGUGGCAGUGAAGGCCAUUCAUUGUACCAUGAUCUCAACGCCUACAGGGUUCUCUUUGAUGAGGAUGGUGAUCCUCGGCUUUCAUGCUUUGGCUUGAUGAAAAAUAGCCGAGAUGGGAAAAGUUAUAGCACAAAUCUUGCCUAUACCCCCCCAGAGUACUUAAAAAAUGGAAGAGUAACCCAGGAAAGUGUUAUAUACAGCUUUGGCACUGUCCUAUUGGAUUUGCUCAGCGGAAAGCACAUCCCUCCAAAUCAUGCUCUUGAUAUGAUACGUGGUAAAAACAUCAUUCUUUUGACGGAUUCGCAUUUAGAGGGGAAAUUUUCUAUGGAAGACGCUACAGUAGUUGUCAAUCUUGCCUCCCAAUGUUUGCAAUAUGAACCUGGGGAAAGGCCAAAUAUAAAGGAUCUUACCACUAUUCUUUCUCCACUACAGCCAAAAUCUGAUGUUCCGUCUUUUAUCAUGCUUGGAAUUUCUAAGCACAAGGAAGCUCCACCAACUCCACAACGCCCACUUUCACCAAUAGGUGAGGCCUGUUCGAGGAUGGACCUCACAGCAAUACAUCAACUUUUGGUUACCAUGAACUACCGGGAUGAUGAAGGAACCAAUGAGUUGUCUUUUCAAGAAUGGACACAGCAGAUGAGAGAUGUGUUGGAGGCAAGGAAGCGUGGGGAUUAUGCGUUUCGUGAUAAGGACUUCAAGGCUGCAAUCGACUGUUACUCUCAGUUUAUAGACAUGGGAACUAUGGUUUCCCCAACUAUUUAUGCACGGCGCAGUCUUUGUUAUCUCAUGUGUGAUCAACCUGAUGUUGCUCUUCGGGAUGCAAUGCAAGCACAAAUUGUCUAUCCAGAUUGGCCGACAGCCUUUUACAUGCAGUCAGUUGCCCUUGCCAAACUGGAUAUGCAUCAGGAUGCAGCUGAUAUGUUGAAGGAGGCUGCUGGACUAGAAGAGAAGCACCAAAAUGGUGGGAGAACAUCAUAA